CCGCCCGCCAUGGCGCGCGCGAGCGCGCCCGCAGCCGUGGCCGCCUGGGCUGCCGCUGCCGCCGCGGCCGCCGCCGCCGCCUCGCAGGCCUUCGCCGCGCUGCGGCCGCGCCGCCCGCCGCCGCCUGCGGGCGGCGGCGGCCUGCCGCGGCGCGCGAGGGGCCGCCGGCGCGCCUGCGGCCUCGGCUGUGCCCGCGGCUGCUGGCGCCGCGCGGCGGGCGCGGGGCGCGGCCGGCGCGGCGUGCGCGCCCUGGCGGGGGGCCCGCCGUCGGGGGUGGACGAGGAGCUGGCGGAGCUGGUGCGGGCCGAGGCGGACGUCAGCAGCGACUGGCUGCGCCCCUUCCGCGACCUCUUCGGCGGCAGGGAGGGCCCGCUGGCCCGCGCGCUGCGGAGGCAGAAGGAGAUCGCGGAGGAGAUGCGGCGGGUGAACGCAGAGCUCGAGGAGCGCAUGCACACGGAGCUGGGCGAGGAGCGCAAGGUGAGCGCCGAGCUGCAGGCCGAGGUCGACCGCCUGCAGACGCAGGUCGCCUCGCUGCAGGACUCCUACACCGCCCUGGGCGACCAGCUGGAGAUGGCCCAGGUCGAGCAGCAGCGGACCAAGGAGCAGCUGUCCAAGGCGCGAUUGGAGGGCGAAGAUGCGGCACGGAAUCUGGUGAGCGUGGAGCAACGAUUGGAAGACUCGGAACUCAAGCUGAGGAGCGCCGAGGAGAAGAACUCGCUCCUGGAUGCCGACAAUCGCAGGCUCGACGUCAGCCUGAAGCAGACCCAGGCGGACCUGCAGGGCGCCAAGGAAGAGCUCGCGCUGGAAACCGCCAAGCUCAAGGAGUCGGUCUCUCUGGGCCAGGCGCUGAGGUCUGAGGUCUCCACGGCGAAGACUGCCGCCGCAGAGGCGCAGAGCGAGCUGCACGCCCUCCAAGAGCAGUCGAAGGCCGACGCGGCGGCCGCGGCGGAGACGAAGAGCGCACUGGAGGCGCUCCACGAGAAGUGGACGGCCGAGGCGGCGGCCGCGGCAGAGACGAAGGACGCGCUCGAGGCGCUCCAGCGAGAGUCGCAGUCCGCCGCGGCGGCCGCGGCGCAAGCGACGAGCGCACUGGAGGCGCUCCAGGUGCAGUCGGAGGCCGACGCGGCUGCGGCGGCCGAGACGCAGAAAGCGCUGGAGGCGGAGGUGGAGCAGGGGCGCCGGGAGCAGGCGCGGCUGCUGGGGCAGCUGAAGGCUCUGGAGGGCCAGAGGAUCGACCUCGAGGGGGAGCUGGACUGGGCAAGGAUGAGCCAGAGGGAGAUGCAGGCG